AAAAAGUCAUGGCAUACAAUUAAAACCAUGGUUAACUUACCAGUCAUCAGCCCCUUCAAGAAACGCUACUCAUGGGUGCAGCUGGCUGGACAUACAGGGAGUUUCAAGGCAGCUGAUAGUGGGAAGAUUUUGAAACGCUUCUCAGAGAACGAAAAGGAGUGUUUUGAGCGAUUGAUGAAAGACCCGCUACGCUCCUGUGUCCCUUGCUUCCAUGGUGUGGUGGAGAGAGAUGGCGAGAGCUACAUUCAGCUGGAUGACUUGCUUACUGAUUUUGAAGGGCCUUCUGUGAUGGACUGCAAGAUGGGGAUCAGGACGUACUUGGAAGAAGAGUUGGCUAAGGCCCGUGAGAAACCAAAGCUGCGUAAGGACAUGUACAAGAAAAUGAUUGAAGUGGAUCCCCUUGCUCCCACAGCUGAAGAGAAUGCCCAGCAUGCUGUCACCAAACCCCGAUACAUGCAGUGGAGGGAAACCAUCAGCUCUAGUGCCAACCUGGGCUUCAGGAUUGAAGGGAUUAAGAAGGCAGAUGGAACAUGUAACACAAACUUCAAAACUACGAAGACAGAGGAGCAAGUUCUACAGGUUUUUGUGGAAUUCAUUGAGGGCAACACAACUAUUCUGAAAAAAUACCUCAAGCGUCUGCAGGAAAUUCAUAUCAUUCUUGAAUCCUCAGACUUCUUCAAGCGACACGAGGUCGUUGGAAGUUCACUACUUUUUGUACAUGAUGGCAGUGGGAAUGCCAAUGUGUGGCUGAUUGAUUUUGGAAAGACCACCCUUCUCCCUGAUGGGCAGACACUGGAUCACAGGAUCCCCUGGCAAGAAGGCAACAGGGAGGAUGGGUACUUGUUGGGGUUGGACAAUUUGAUUGGCAUCUUGGAAAGCAUCACUGAAAGAUGAGUUGAGAAUGGCACAAAACUUGCAGGGCUGCUCUGUAACUUUCUGCUCUACUGGGAUCACUCAGAUAGAAGGAAACCUUUAACUCCCUCCAAACUUCUGAGGACAUCAGUGCAGAGGGAGCUGCAUCCAGAACCCAGCAGUUAGUCAUCAAAAUGACUUUGCAUUGGCCCUCUAUGAACCUAAAUAACUCCAAAUUGGUCUGUAUUACACCAGGCUAACUUCAGACUGGUCCUCAGAGAAUGAUGGUCUCCAUACUCAGGAAACACACCAGCAUGAGUCAAGAGGUCUGUAUGGUAAACCAGAAUGAUUCUAAUUUCUGGCAAACAGAUGGGACUCCAGCUUACCUCUUAGGGAACCAGAGCAAGUACGUAGGGAAUAACAUUUUUUCAGAGAAAUACGGAGUUUUGAAACCAGCAAGAGUGUUGGUUUGCUUUUUGGGUUUUUUUUCCCCCCCUAAUUCCAAGUCUUCUUGCUCCUUUGUACACUAUAGGUUGGACCAACAACUUCUGCUGUGUUACAGUGUGCACAAAGUGGAAAUGGGUGAUAAUCACAAGAAACCUGGAGCAAAGGGAGACAGCAGUUUGUAGUGGCUGGAUGUGGGAACUGCUGUUGACCAUUCCUCCUCUUCCCUGCCCUAGCCUCGAUUCACUUCUAUCCAAGAACAGCCUUUGCCUUUUGGGAAGCUGCUCAGGAGAUUACAGAUAUUCUAGGGAGAGAAUAGUAGCCUAUUGUCUCCAAAAACAUUUGACUUCUAGACUGGGUGGGCUGUUGGAAAAGUGCCUACCUUGGCAAGUUUGGUCUCUUGCAGGUGAACUGCAGUUCUGAAAAUCAGUAAAGACUCUUGCACACAGACCAGGGAACUAAGGGGUUUUUUCAAGGCUUAUUUGCUUUUAAAGAUAAAACCC